CCGAAUCGGCGGGAACCUGCGGGGUGUAGUGGGAGUGCAGCUGCCUGUUGGAGGGGUCUCCGAGCCGCCAUGAGCUGUGUCAACCUACCCACCGUGCUGCCCGGCUCCCCCAGCAAGACUCGGGGGCAGAUCCAGGUGAUUCUCGGGCCCAUGUUCUCGGGAAAAAGCACGGAGCUGAUGAGGCGAGUCCGGCGCUUCCAGAUCGCCCAGUACAAGUGCCUUGUCAUCAAAUAUGCCAAAGACACCCGCUACAGCAACAGCUUCUCCACUCACGACCGGAACACCAUGGAUGCUCUGCCGGCCUGCCUGCUGCGGGACACGGCCCAGGAGGCCCUGGGUGCGGCUGUCAUCGGCAUCGACGAGGGGCAGUUCUUCCCUGACAUCGUGGAGUUCUGUGAGACCAUGGCCAACGCCGGCAAGACGGUGAUCGUGGCGGCGCUGGACGGGACUUUCCAGAGGAAGGCGUUUGGUGCCAUCCUGAACCUGGUGCCCCUGGCGGAGAGCGUGGUGAAGCUGACGGCUGUGUGCAUGGAGUGCUUCCGGGAAGCCGCCUACACCAAGAGGCUGGGCCUGGAGAAGGAGGUAGCGCCCGCCCCCUGCUGCGGGCGUGGAGGGCGUGGGACCGCCCCCUCCCUGUCCCAGUCCCUCCUCUCAACCCUUUCUGGUCCCUGCUGCCAGGUCGAGGUGAUCGGAGGAGCAGACAAGUACCACUCCGUGUGUCGCCUCUGCUACUUCAAGAAGUCCUCGGUGCAGCCUGCGGGGCAGGACAACAAGGAGAACUGCCCGGCACUGGGGAGGGCUGGGGAGGCCGCCGCUGUCCGGAAGCUCUUUGCCCCGCAGCAGGUCCUGCAGUGCAGCCCCACCAACUGAGGCCCAGGACCUGCCCGCGGCCCUGCUGCUGCCCCUGCGCGGGGUGGCCUUCUGAGGAGCCUGGGGAGGGCAGGAGGGUCUGCCUGUGGGGCUUGCCAUGCGACAGUCCUCGCUGGGCCUGGUCUGCUGUCACAGCUUCCCUCCUUGGGCCCUUUCUCAGUUCUCCCAGCUGCUGGGAAGGUCUGCCCUGGGCUGGAGCCGGCGUGUCUGGUGGUUUGGGGUCUGGCUGCUGCAGCUGGGGACAGAGUGGCAUGCUGUUGUGACAUGGGUGCUGUGGGCUGGCUUCCUCCUUGGUGCCGUCACCGCAGGUUUCUGUUCUCCUUGGGAAGUUUGCACCACACUUCAGCCCAUCCCCACAGAGCCCCGGGCUGCUCCUGAGGAUCACCUGCACUGCUGACCACUGCUGCACUUUGGGCUGAAAGCCCUUCCAAUGUUUUGCAGAAUGACAGUG